GAUGGUCGACCUUCCAGCAGGCGGCGUACGGGCCCCCCGCGGACGAGGGCGAGGAGGAGGAGGGCGGCGGCUGGUGCGCGGUGUGCGUGGCCGGGCUGCCGAGUCAGGUGACCAGGCGAGAGCGCAGCAUCCAGCAGCCCUGUGUGGUCGUCGCCGCCGCCGUCUUCGCCGAUUUGUUCCUCCUUGUCCACUUUUUUGUGUCUUCGGGCGCCGCCAUUGAUAUUGCUUUUCAUCCGGGGCCGGCGGAUUACACUGCUGCGUUUACUUGUUGGGAUAUUACGACUGCGCCGCCGAGCCAAAAGGUCCAAGUGCAUUUCGUUUGA